CCUGCUGCCCGCUGCGGAGCUCGAGCCGCGCCGCGCUGCCCACCCCGCUCUGCAGCCCGCCGAGGAGGCGGCGAGGCCGGGCAGGAUGGCCACGGUGCUGGUGGAAGCGGAGCCCGAGCCGUGCUGUAGCCUGCCGGCGCCGCAGCCCUGCCCCGCGCCCAGCCUCUCGCACCGCUUCCUGGACAGCAAGUUCUACCUGCUGGUGGUGCUGGGCGAGCUGGUCACCGAGGAGCACCUGCGCCGCGCCAUCGCCAACAUCGAGCGGGGAAUUCGCUCAUGGGACACAAAUCUGAUUGAAUGCAACUUGGAUCAGGAACUGAAACUUUUUGUUUCACGCCAUUCGGCUAGAUUCUCUCCUGAAGUUCGAGGUCAGAAAAUCCUUCAUCACAGAAGUGAUGUCUUAGAAACUGUAGUUCUGAUUAACCCUUCAGAUGAAGCAGUUAGUACUGAGGUCCGCUUAAUGAUCACAGAUGCUGCAAGACACAAGCUUCUAGUACUAACAGGACAGUGCUUUGAAAACACAGGAGAACUUAUCCUCCAGUCAGGAUCUUUCUCUUUCCAGAACUUUAUUGAGAUCUUCACUGAUCAAGAGAUUGGUGAAUUAUUGAGCACUACCCACCCUGCCAACAAAGCCAGCUUGACUCUGUUUUGUCCUGAGGAGGGGGAUUGGAAAAAUUCAAACCUUGACAGACACAACCUUCAAGACUUCAUCAAUAUUAAACUCAAUUCUGCCUCCAUAUUGCCUGAAAUGGAAGGACUUUCCGAAUUCACAGAGUAUCUGUCAGAAUCAGUAGAAGUGCCAUCACCCUUUGACAUUCUGGAGCCACCAACCUCAGGAGGUUUCCUGAAGCUGUCAAAACCCUGUUGUUAUAUUUUCCCAGGUGGAAGAGGGGACUCUGCAUUGUUUGCAGUGAAUGGAUUCAAUAUGCUUAUUAAUGGAGGAUCUGAAAGAAAAUCCUGCUUCUGGAAACUUAUCCGACAUUUGGACAGAGUGGAUUCAAUUCUGCUCACACACAUUGGAGAUGAUAACCUGCCAGGAAUCAACAGCAUGCUGCAGCGAAAAAUAGCUGAGUUAGAAGAGGAACAGUCUCAAGGUUCUACCACCAACAGUGACUGGAUGAAAAAUCUAAUCUCACCAGAUUUAGGAGUUGUAUUCCUCAAUGUACCUGAAAAUUUGAAAAACCUUGAUCCAAAUUUUAGGGUAAAAAGAAGUGUAGAAGAAGCUUGUUUCACUCUCCAGUAUUUAAAUAAAUUGUCCAUGAAACCAGAACCUCUCUUUAGAAAUAUAGGAAAUGCAAUUGACCCUAUUAUUUUAUUUCAGAAAAUGGGAGUAGGCAAACUUGAGAUGUAUGUGCUCAAUCCAGUCAAAAACAGCAAAGAGAUGCAGUAUUUUAUGCAGCAGUGGACUGGUACAAGCAAAGAAAAAGCUGAAUUAGUGCUUCCAGCUGGUCAGGAGCUAGACAUUCCAGUAUCCUAUUUGACUUCUGUUUCAUCAUUGAUUGUAUGGCAUCCAGCAAAUCCUGCAGAAAAAAUUAUCAGAGUUCUGUUUCCAGGAAACAGCAGCCAAUACAACAUUUUAGAAGGACUAGAAAAACUUAAACAUUUAGAUUUCCUUAAGCAACCAAUGGUCACCCAAAAAGACCUAACUGGUAACAUAGCUAGUCCAGCAGUGAAACAAGCCAAGUUGAAACAACGAACAGACAGCAAGGAAAGUCUCAAACCUGCCACAAAGACACCACCAGCCAAGGCUAUCAGAAAAGAGUCUAAAGAAGAAUCUCCUGAACCAACAAAGCCUACUCCUGCAGAAAAGCCUCAGAAAGUUGAAAUCAAAGAAAAGGCCAUGGUGAAAAAAGAGAAACCAGUAAAAGCAGAGACAAAACCUGCAGUGACAGACAAAGAGCUGGCAAAUAAGGAGGAACAGUUAGUGAAAUCUGAAGUUGCUGAAAAGCAAGCAGCAGAUGUUAAACCAAAAGUUGCAAAGGAGAAGCCAGUGAAAAAGGAAGUGAAAGUAAAAGCUGAAGAAAAGAAGGAGGAAAAAGAAAAACCAAAGAAAGAAGUUUCUAAAAAAGAGGAAAAAACACCUCCAAUGAAAGAGGAAAAGCCUAAAAAAGAAGAAGUCAAGAAAGAAGUUAAAAAAGAAGUGAAAAAGGAAGAGAAAAAGGAGGCUAAGAAAGAAUUAAAGAAAGAAACUCCUGCAAAAGAAGCUAAGAAAGAGGUUAAAAAAGAGGAUAAGAAGGAAAUUAAGAAAGAAGAAAAAGAAACCAAAAAAGACACCAAAAAGGUUCCAAAAGAAAUUAAGAAAACACCUGCUCCUUCAACCGAAGCCAAAAAGCCAGCAGCAAAACCUAAACCACAAAAGAAGGAGGAGCCUGCUAAAAAAGAAUCUGUACCUGCUGGAAAACCAAAGGAAAAAGGAAAAGUUAAGAUGACAAAGAAAGAGAUCAAAGUCAGUGAAGCUUCAGCUGCCAUAGCUGCAGUGGGAGCAGCUGCCACAACAGUAGCAGCAGUAGCAGCUGCUGAAAUAGCAGUUAGUGGAAAAGAACUUGAAGCAGAAAGAUCCCUUAUGUCUUCACCAGAGGAUUUAACAAAGGAUUUUGAAGAAUUGAAGGCUGAAGAGAUAGAAACAGUAAAAGAAGCAAAGCCUCAAGUAGAACUAAUAGAUGAUAAAGAAAAACUAGCUGAAACAGAACAGAAGGAAGCAUAUGAAGUCCAGAAAGAAAAAAUAGAUAUUGAAGGGCCUGUUGAAUCUCCUGAUGAAGGCAUAACCACCACUGAAGCUGAGGGUGAAUGCGAACAAACACCAGAAGAGCUGGAUGCAACAGAAAAGCACAGGGUUGAGGACAAUGAAAAGUUUGAAGAUGAAGGAACGGGUUUUGAAGAAUCAUCUGAAGCAGGUGACUUUGAAGAAAAGGCAGAAACUGAGGAGGCUGAGGAACAAGAGGAAGAAAAAGCACCCCUGGGCAUCACAAAAAAGGAUAUAGCGGAAGCACAAGAAAUAGGAGAGGCUGAAGAAAAAAUAAUGACUAAAGCAGAUGAACAUGCUAAAGCUAAAGAAGAGAAGCGUGUGGAAAAGAUUGGAUCUGAGGCAGGGGAGGAGCAACCUGAAGAAAUUGCAGUUGAAAAGGCAGAAACUGAAGGAACUGAAGAGGAAGUUGAAGGGGAAAUAAAAAUAAAAAAUAUUAGAGAUGAAGAGGAAACUGAAAAGAUAGAGGCUGAAGAAGAUUAUGUUAUGGCUGUAGUAGACAAAGCUGCAGAGGCUGGUGAAGUAGAAGAUAAAUAUGGCCUACUCAUAAUAACACCAACUAAACGCUCUGAGCCUCAGUCACCAGCUGUUGAACCAGCAACUUCUAUCCAUGAUGAGACUUUACCUGGUGGUUCAGAAAGUGAAACAACUGUUUCUGAUGAAGAAAACAGAGAAGACCAACCUGAGGAAUUCACUGCUACUUCAGGUUAUACUCAGUCUACCAUUGAAAUAUCUAGUGAGCCAACUCCAAUGGAUGAAAUGUCAACACCUAGGGAUGUCAUGAGUGAUGAAACGAACAACGAGGAAAGUGAAUCGCCUUCUCAAGAAUACGUAAACAUAACUAAGUAUGAGACAACACUCUACUCUCAAGAAUAUUCCAGACCUAAACUCUCUCCACUUCCUGAUGCUUUCAAUGGAUUGUCUGAAGGAUCAAAAACAGAAGCCACAGAUGGUAAAGAUUAUAAUGCUUCAGCUUCUACCAUCUCACCACCUUCUUCCUUAGAGGAAGAUAGAUUCUGCAAAUCUUCCUUCCAAGAAAUUUACCGUCAAAGAGAAAGUGAAAUCCAAAGCACCGCUAAAUUAGAAGUCAGAGAUAGCUUUCCAGAAGAUCAUGAUGAAAAGCAUGCCCCAGCUAAGAGUCCAGUUGAGAGCCUGUCCCCUCCAUCACCAGUUGCUAAAACACCACUAAGUGAACGGAGUGUGAAUUUUUCUCUAACUCCCAAUGAGAUUAAAUCAUCAACUGAACCUGCUACUCUCACUGCAUUGCCUGACAAACCUCAAGAAAUUAUGGAAGAGCAUUGUGCAAGCCCUGAGGAUAAAACGCUGGAAGUAGUGUCUCCUUCACAGUCUGCUGCUGGUAGUGCUGGCCACACGCCUUAUUAUCAAUCUCCCACUGAUGAAAAAACCAGCCAGCUUCCUUCUGACCUUAUUGAAAAGGCAGCAGAAGCUCCAGUUAGCUUUGAGUUUAGUGAAGCCAAAGAUGAGUCCUCAAAACCCAGAAUAAGUCCUAUGGAUGAGCCUGUGCCUGACUCAGAAUCGCCUAUUGAAAAAGUUCUCUCUCCUCUAAGAAGUCCACCAUUGAUAGGUUCAGAGUCCUCAUACGAUACAUUUUUGAGUGCUGAUGUGAAGUCUGCUGUCAGAGAGCUUGAGAGUCCUUCUGAGGAGAAAAGUGAAAAAGAAUCAUCUUCUGUUCAGAUAAGCCCAGUUUCUGAAGAAACCUCUAUGGGGCUUUUCCAACAAAAACAAGAUGAAAAAAGUAUGGAGUUCAUGCCAACUGAAGAAGCUGGUCUAGAAACAAAAACAGAGGAUAUUGAAGUUACCAGUUCUCAGUCUUCACUGAUUUUGGAUGAAAAGAAGUUAGCAGGAGAUGUGUCUCCUACACAAAUAGAUAUUAGUCAGUUUGGAUCUUUAAAAGAAGACACCAAAAUGUCAAUUUCUGAAGGUACAGUCUCUGACAAAUCUGCAACUCCUGUUGAUGAAGUUGUAGCAGAAGAUACAUAUUCUCACAUAGAGGGUGUUGCUUCAGUUUCCACAGCAUCUGUUGCUACUAGUUCAUUCCCAGAACCAACUACUGAUGAUGUAUCUCCUUCUUUACAUGCGGAGGUUGGAUCACCACAUUCUACUGAAGUUGAUGACUCUCUUUCUGUAUCAGUUGUGCAAACACCAACAACUUUUCAGGAAACAGAAAUGUCUCCAUCUAAGGAAGAGUGUCCAAGACCCAUGUCCAUUUCUCCACCAGAUUUUUCACCUAAAACAGCGAAAUCCAGAACACCAGUGCAAGAACACAGAUCUCCUGAACAGUCUACCAUGUCUGUAGAAUAUGGUCAGGAGUCUCCAGAGCAGUCACUAGCAAUGGACUUUAGCAGACAGUCUCCUGACUAUCCCGCAGUAGGUACUAGUAUACACCACAUAUCUGAAAAUGGACCCACUGAAGUAGAUUAUAGCCCUUCAGAUAUACACGAGCCUGCUUUUGGACAUAAGAUAUCACCUGUAGAGCAAACAUCGUAUUCUCAAGAAAAGGAUCUUUCAGAGAUUAUUUCAGUUUCUCAAAUAGAGGCUUCACCCUCAACUUCAUCAGCACAUACCCCUUCACAAGUAACUUCUCCACUGCAAGAGGAAUCUCUGUCUGGUGUCAUGCUACCUAAAGAUAUGCCACUGCAUUCGUUUACCUCAGAAAAAAUGCAGAGCCUUGGAGAAAAGUUGUCACCAAAGUCUGACAUAUCUCCAUUGACUCCAAGAGAAUCUUCUCCUUUAUACUCUCCCAGUUUUUCAGAUUCACCUCCUGCAAUCAAAGAAACAGCUGCUGCUAGCCACUCACCAUCCCUUUCACUGCAUGUGUCUGCAGAUAAAGUGUUUAGCUACCAGGCUGACACAAUACAAGACUCUCUAACGAAGCAUAGUCCAGAGCCUUUAGCCACCCCAGAAAAAGAAGAUACAGAGAAAAUCACCAGGUCACCUGAGGUUAUUAGUUACUCCUACGGGACAACUGAGAAAACCACCAGGUCACCUGAAUCUCUUAGUUAUUCUUAUGAGACAACAGAGAAAAUUAGUAGAUCACCAGAAGAUGUUAGUUAUUCAUCUUAUGGGGUUAGUAGGGAAACCACCAGGUCACCUGAGGCUAUUGGCUACUCUUAUGAGACAACAGGGAAAACCAGUAGGUCACCUGAAACUGUAGAUUACUCAUAUGAGACAACAGAGAGAGACACCAGGUCACCUGAAGCCAUGGAUUACUCCUAUGAGACAGCUGGGAAACCCAAGUCACCUAAAGCCAUGGAUUACUCCUUUGGGAUAACUGAGAAAAUCACCAAGUCACCUGAAGUCCUGGGUUAUUCUUAUGGAACAACGGAAAAAACUACUAGAUCAUCAGAGGAAAUGAGUUAUUCCUACAAGACCACUGGGGAAACUACUAGGUCCCCUGAGGCUAUUAGCUACUCCUAUACAUCAACAGGGAAAACUACCAGGUCACCAGAAGCCUCAGAUUAUUCCUAUGAAAUAACUGGGAAAACCACUAGAUCACCUGAAGUCAUGGAUUACUCCUAUGAGACAAGUGGGAAAGCUCCUAGGUCACCUGAGGUCAUUAGCUACUCUUAUGAGACAAGUGGGAAAACCACCAGGUCACCUGAAGCUACUACUUAUUCCUAUGAGACAGACACACACUUUGCUGUAGAGAAGUCACCUGUUGCAGAAAUUCGUCAAGAUGUUGAUUUAUGCCUAGUGUCCUCCUGCGAAUAUAAGCAUCCCAAAACUGAACUUUCACCCUCGUUUAUCAACCCAAAUCCCUUGGAGUGGUUUGCAAGUGAAGAGCAGUCUCAAGAACAAGAAAAGCCAUUAACUCAAUCAGGGGGAGCCCAGCCACCUUCAGGAGGAAAGCAGCAAGCACGCCAGUGUGAUGAAACACCUCCCACCUCUGUAAGUGAGUCUGCUCCAUCUCAGACUGAUUCAGAUGUUCCCCCAGAGACUGAAGAAUGCCCUUCCAUCACUGCAGAUGCUAACAUUGACUCAGAAGAUGAAUCAGAAACUAUUCCAACGGAUAAAACCAUUACAUACAAACAUAUUGACCCUCUGCCAGUCCCAAUGCAAGACCGUAGUCCCUCACCCAGACACCCAGAUGUCUCAAUGGUAGACCCAGAAGCUUUGCCUGUUGAUCAAAAUUUGGGCAAACCUUUGAAGAAGGAUAUGAAAGAAAAAACAAAAACUAAAAAGCAGGGUACUAAGACCAAGUCUUCCUCUCCUUCCAAAAAAAGUGAUGGUAAAUCAAAGCAGGUGGCUUCACCAAAACCAGCCAUAAAGGAGUCUUUGGACAAAGUUUCCAAAACAGCUUCUCCAAAAAAGAAGGAGUCUGUGGAAAAAUCAGCAAAAAAUAUCUCUACUCCAGAAGUGAAAUCUCGUGUUGAGGAAAAAGAUAAGGAGGCCAAGAAUGCAACAAAUUCUACAACAUCCAAGUCAGCAAAGUCUGUAACUGCAGGCCCUGGCAAUAGUAAACCAGCAAAAUCUAUAGCUGUGCCUCCAGGACCUCCAGUGUAUUUGGACCUGGUGUAUAUCCCCAACCACAGCAAUAACAAGAAUGUUGAUGUCGAGUUUUUCAAGAGGGUGAGGUCAUCCUACUACGUGGUGAGUGGGAAUGAUCCUACUGCUGAAGAACCCAGCAGGGCAGUUCUGGACUCCCUGCUGGAGGGCAAGGCUCAAUGGGAAGGUAACAUGCAGGUGACUUUAAUCCCAACCCAUGAUUCAGAAGUGAUGAGGGAAUGGUAUCAAGAGACCCAUGAAAAACAGCAGGAUCUUAACAUCAUGGUUUUGGCAAGCAGCAGCACUGUUGUUAUGCAAGAUGAAUCUUUCCCCGCAUGCAAGAUUGAACUGUAAAAACAAGGCCAUGCGUCACAACAUUAAACUUUGUAUCCAGAAAUUCUUCAAUUUGAAAAUGCCUUUUCUAAAAAUUCAACCCAUCUAAUUCAACCGCUGAACUAUAUACCUGCCAAAUGCUAUACUGUGUCAUGGUGAUGCAAGUCACUAACAUUUUUCAGUCUUUGCUGAUUGCUAAGGGAAAUAACAGUAUUCCCACAAUAGGGUUCAAAUUACUGCAAAGUUACAGAUCCAGCUUCAUCUCCGCUGAACGUUUGGAAACCAUGCACUAGCAAACCCAACUGACUUCUGCCAGGUAGAGGCAUUUGCCCUCGAUAGAAACACAGAGAGAGAGAAAGAGAGAGAGGGGUAGGAGGAGAAGGUAAUAAAUAAUUAGGUCUGCAUUAGUCUUAUGGCAAUAGAUGUAUCGCUUACUGCAGUCUGCUUAUGCUCUCACGUGAAAGGAAAGUUUUACAUUUGUAUCAGUCUGAGCUAUCGCAAAGGGGGUCUGAUUUACAAAAUUAAGUUAGUAGGAAAAGAAAUGGAAUGUGGCUUUGGAGGGAUAUAAGACCUAAGCACUCAUUAAACCGUUAUCUAGGUUAAUUUGAACUCUGCAUACUGACAUAUUUCUCACAGAAUAAAUAUGCAAGUAGUUUGAACCCCAUUCAGAACUCUAAAACUUUUCUUUUAACAUGCAAACAUACUGGUCUAAGGCAUGCUCCCAGUGAAAUUCCACUUAGUCCACUCAGAAUUGACAAAUCUGCAUGAAUAAACACCCACAUCAACAGUUAAUUAACUGAUGCAAAAUACCAAAGCAGUUGGGAGUACAUAUACAUGGUAGACAAUUUGCCUUAGAAAGUGACUUGAAUGUACAAAGAAACUCGAUGCACUUAUUUUUUAAUGUGAGACAGCAAGUUUAUAAAACAUCUGUGUAGGAUUAUAGUUACACCAGUAAAGAAGUGUGUGUGUGCUUGUGUGGUACUAGGAGCCUAUCUGAUUGGUCAAAUGGCUUGGUGCUAUGAAUUAUGUAUGUUAGCUGAACACUUCAUUGGUGCACCUGGACAGCUGAACAAAACGAGACAGACAUUUUUUGAAAGCUUCUUUUGUACUGUAGAAGCAAGAUUGAAGUGGUGUCCAGUAUCAGAAAUGCAAAACUUAGUGAAACACACAGGAUGUUGAAAAAGGUUCUCUGCAAGUCUGUACAGUAUUUUACCUUCCUUUGUCUGACAUUAUUUUAUUUGUUAAUUUAAGAGUGAGUAUGGGAACAAAUGUACAGAAGAAUUUUUUUUAACUCUGCGUGAACUUUUAAUAGAUGCCUUUUUAACAAAAAGUUUUCAUUUACAGGAAAAUGCGAAGAAAAAAAAUUCAGCUGAUGGGAAUUUUUUUUAGUAGUUUUGUAAGAUAAAUGCAUAAUGUUGUUUAAGGUUCUGGUGAGAAUGAAGUAUGAUAUUGUAGUAACAUUUAUUGAAAAUACUUAACUGCCAAGAAUUUUUUUGGGGGGAAUCCAUAAAAUUAAUCUUUCAGUGAUCACAAAAAUGGGAUUUGAAAUGCUAAUUGACUACUCUUUAGAAGCCUAGAUUUUCAAUUUCCAGAUAAGUAAAAAAGAUGGAAUAAGCAAUGAUAGGCUGAAACAAGUCAAGCAUUUUUUUCAUGUUCCCAGUAUCUACAGAUCACUUCCAAAGGAACACCAUACACAUCAGUUCCACUAUUUAGGAAUGUUUGAAUUAUUCUGUCAGAAGCUUUACCCCUAAAGAAAUUAUUGUUACAUUUUAACAGGUUUGGGCAUCAGAAUUUCAAUAAGAUAAAGGCCUCAUAAAUGGAGAUUUGUACUGGUCUGUACAAUUCACCUUUAGAGCAGGCUUUGAGUUCCACUAAGUAGUGAACUGUGACCUCACUUUACUUUCUUUACUUAUAAUUUAUUUUAAAUGUUAACAUGGUUAGUUUAUUUUUGUUUAAUUAGGUGUAUGUUUGCACUGCUAAUUUUAUGAUGUUUUCAUUACUACUUCAGAGCCCUUUAAAUUUGGGCCUCUGGAGCCCCUUUAAAACUGUGAAUUAUUGUUUGUCAAAUGUUGAGGCUUUUUGUUUUAAUAUUUUAUUUUUGUUAGAUGUCUCUAGCAAUGCUAUUUUAUUUAUUGUUCUACCUUUUAAAUCCUAAAAAAUAACUGAUUGUGGUGCAAAAGACAGAGGGAAAUGGAUUGUGAAAACAAGUGGUGUUUGCUGAGCUCAUACUCAUUUACUAAACAUUUAUUUUGUAAUAUGUAGUCUCAAGGCAAAAUAUUUGGCAGAAUUAGUUGUAUUGUCUCUACAGCAAUUCCUUCUGCUUUGUCUACUCUAUUAUGUAGGGUAAGAUUUCAAACUUUUUGGGUGGGUGGGAGCAAUUUCCCCCAGACUUCCUGUCAAGAUUAUGAAUGGUUUGUGCCUCCCCUUUGGUAGAAAAUCUAUUUAACAAUGAGCAAUAGUCCUAAAACUAACACCAGUAUGAAUUAGAAUAACUUCACUGAAAUCAAAGGAGUUACAGGAAUAUAACUGUAGUGCAAAUGAAAUCAGAAGCAAACCUUAAAUCUCCAACUCCCCAAGUAAGUUCGUGAUGGCUCAAAUACUGGUUUUAUUUUAAAAAACAACAACAAAACCCACCAGAUUACAGCCAAUCUUAAACUGUAUGUGGUUUUUUUGUUGCUACAGGCAUAUUAAGAAACCCAGUCCAGUUGUUGUAUAUUGGCAGACAUUAUUUCCUAGGAGCCAUGGUAAUAGUUACUUCAUCCACUCUUCCAAGCUACCAAGCUUGGGUGUCACACAAAUACUAACUUCUCAAUUAAGCUCCUCUUGCCCUUAAUGCCUUUCCUGCCUGUGAAACUAAUCUAAUUGUGCUAGUCACAGUCAUACACAAUUAGUUUAGUAACAGUCAUCAAAAUGUACCAUGUACAUUAAUGGUGAGUGCUGUUGAUCAGCACAGAUUUCUAGGAGCAUGGUUUGAUAUUGGUUAUUCUAAUGAUAAAGAUUUGAUAUUUGAGUGUAAAGAACACUCUGCUUAAUGAUGGUAUUACCCAUGAUAGCAUCCCCAAACCAUGAUCUUUACAAUAGUACUAUAUUGCUGAAGAAAUUCAACAAAGAAUUGACGUUUGAGAUCACAUCCCAUUCCCAGACUCAACCAGAUCCUCUCUUGCAUGCUUUCUUAAAUAAAGUCUUGUGGUGGGACUGACUGUAUUGAUUCCUACUUUUCACUCUAUCUUCCACUCCUAAUUUUUUUUCUACUUUACCUACUGUGUUGAAUGGAGCAGGCUAUGAAUGUUUUUUUAACUGUCUACAAUAACGUAUAUUAGGAACCAUCCAAUACUCAUUUGCUAAGAGCAAAUCGAUUUGUUAAUGGAAUUUUCAACCCUUCCCACCACAAGAAAUUCAGCCUCAAAAAGCUACUACUGUGCAUUUUUGGCCUUUCUGUCAUAUGCCUCUCUUAUACAUCUGUCACCACAGGUUCUUGCUCAGUGAUGACAUUUUGAGAGAAAUGGUAAUUUUUGUUGGUCUGGAUUUAUUAGAAAAGGAGAAAUACAAUGUUUACACUUGAAAGAAACUGUAAGCUUUCAUCUUUUCACUUAAUAAUUGAACAAAACACUAAAAGCAAUCUAGGGACAAGCAUUUCUUUGGAUGCAAUUAUAUUAGUCACCUGGUUAAAAAUGUUUGCUAUUUUAAAAAAAAAUCUGUUUCUUGUGACUUUACAAAAAAUUAAAUAACAAAAUAAAAAGGCAGCAUAAAAAUAUUUAAAAGAAAAAAAAAAGCCGCUUCUCUGCAUUAAACUAGCUAGGAGCUCCUGCUGACCGGAGCUAGCCAUUCAAGACUGGGCUGUAAUUGCAACACGGAAAAAAACAAUUAUGAAAUACAGUACGCUUUUACACAUUUGCAUGCAGCCAUAUAUCUUCCAAACUCUGGAAAGUUAACAGUCUUGUUGCUGGCUGAGAAGCACCUCACACACUCCUCUCUCUUGUUCUGAAUGGUGUUUGUGUCAGUCUGCAGCUGUGUAUGGUAUUAUGUCUUAUACUCCUGCAUCACUUCUAUUCUAUCCAGUCAUAUCUAAUGUAGAAAAUUAGUUUCCAGUGAAAGUAAUAUGUAGUGCUUUUAUGAUAUUUGUGUGCAAUAUCCCCUCUUCCAUUGAGGAUAUUUGAUGUAAAGGAAACAAAUUCAGUUCCACAAUAAAAGAUAAAAGUGGUAAA